AUGACUGCAAAAACUGUGAUUGUCACUGGUGGAUUCAAUGGAAUUGGAUUGGUCAUUUCCCAAACUUUGCUUGCAAGACAAUUCCGAGUGGUCAUUGCUGAUAUUGCUGUUCCGAAUGAUAUUAAUGAAAAUUUGCAAUCAACAAACACAACAACACCGUUCAUCAAUCCAUUCGCAAAUUUAUUUGAUCCAUCCAUGUACCUUUUAAUUCAUUGCGAUGUUUCAAACGAGCAAGAUGUGAAAAAUCUAAUGGAGAAAACAAUUCAUAAAUUUUCUCGUUUGGAUGCCAUAGUAAACAAUGCUGCUGUUUCACACCCUCAUUAUCAUGGCAAGGAUAUUACUGAACUUUCUUUAGAGGAGUGGAAUAGAGUUGUAUCGAUCAAUUUGACAAGCGUCUUUCUUACAACUAAAUAUGGUGUUCCUUAUUUGAAGCAAUCUCGAGGAUGCAUUAUUAACAUUUCGUCAACACGAGCAUUGCAAAGCGAAGCAAACACUGAAAUUUAUAGUGCAACUAAGGGAGGAGUUCUUUCUUUGACUCAUUCAUUGGCAAUUAGUCUUGGACCCGAAAUUAAUGUGAACUGUAUUUCUCCUGGAUGGAUUGACGUGCAAUCUCAUCAAGUUGGCAAAGAACGACAAUAUGAAUUAAGAGAAGGUGAUCAUAAACAGCACCCUGUUGGCAGGGUUGGGCGACCUGAAGAUGUUGCAAAAUUGUGCUUAUUUCUGAUUGAGGAUGGUUGUCAAGAUGGAAGUGGAUUUAUCACUGGUCAAAACUUUGUAAUUGACGGAGGAAUGACAAAGAAAAUGAUUUAUAACGGAGAGCCAUGGUGGAAAGAGGAGUAA